AAUUUGGUAGAUUUAAUUGUGAAAAAAUUGAAAUACCUCCAAGCUGCAUCUUCGAAGACCUUCCCUUGCAUCCCCAUUCACUUGAGUAUAUCAACCAGUCAAAAAUAGCAAAAUGCAGCGUCUUGACGAUGUCUCUGCUGUUGGUGCACGAAUGCCUGCGGGUUCGCUUACGCGUGCCUCCUUCCAAGAGCUGAUGCGGAAAGCACAUGCGCACUCGAAUGGCAGGGCUCUGAUGAUAGUGCAUCCCCUAGACUUUUUGGAACAUACGACUGGUGGCUUGAACGCUUUCGGCUUCGAACGGGUGCAGCUCGACUUCAUAUCGACAAUGUUCGCACUCCUUUUCCACGACAUCAGUUAUGUCAUUUACGUGGGCGAAAAAAACUACAUUAUGUUGACGUUGAGGAUGCUCGUUGAAAUUGAAGAUGAUGAUGAUGAUGACAGAAAUUAUUGCCUUUGCGGAUACGAAUAGCAUUAAGUAGAAAGAAACUUGUUUUGUCUUUUUCCAGCACGGGGAGGCGCUCUUGGAGGCGGGAGAAUGACCAGAAUUCGGAAAAGCGGUAUCCCUAUAUAUAAUUACGUCAUUUGCAUUUAUAUCAUACAAUGACUAUGCACAUCAUGUCACUGCAACUGCCACCUACUACAACUUCCUCUAAAUUUCCAAACCAACGAAAAUCUUCACCGGGAGAUUUAGAUUUACCUACCGGAGGCAGCAGUGUCUCCGCGACAGGAGGAGUUACAGUUACUCCAAGUGCUGCAAGUGCAACCGAGCAGGAACAAGGCCAGGAACCACCUGAGGGAUUUACUGUGGAGAUCGAGAGUCGUGCGAUUCCCUAUGUCGGCAACUUGGAAUGGAAGGAGUUUUACACGAAAACGCAGGGGUCCGAUCCUCGCAGUCUGGAGAACUUGAUUCGGGUCGCGAAUAUAGUCGAAAUGGAGUUUUAUCAAGUGUGGAUCCACAUCUUCCCCAAUGGUCGAUGCGAUGCAGGGAUCACGCUUCUGGAUGUCCGACACAGAAACGCAAGAGAACUACUCACGAUAAUUGACUUGUUCCUAUGGCCCUUACUGCAUCAAGAUUUUUUGUGUUUCUCGUCCAAAAACGUAAUCGCAUGUGCUCAACAGAAGUAAAGCCAAAGUUGAAAUUGCAUUCGUACUGUCCUCUUCGUCCGUCAUUUCCAACUCCGACUUCCCCGUGACCAUGAGAAACUGAAACAACGCUUCUAAUCCCGAUGCCCGGUCAUGAAGACGCCGCGCAUUUUUUAGAGCACAUGUACGCGGAGAGCUGGCGCGUGCAGGACCUCAGUUUCAGCUUUUUUCGACCACAAAUCUGCGCCUUGUCUGCGGCUCCGGAAGGAUUACUAUUGCGUCCUGUGGAUACGCUCUUCUUCUACGAAAGACUCGGAUUCGGACGACCGCCUGAGGGCGUAAUUCAAGCGAUAGCACACUCGAGACCACAGGCGUUCAAAGUACACUUGUUUUUACAUUAAUGCCAUUUAAUAUGGUGAACAAUUAUAAUAGUACACCGACCUAAGUAAUACAACUAAUCAUGCAGCUACGUACUCCUACCAUUUUUUCCAGUUUCAUUCACUAGUAUUCAUUCGUCAAGAGUCAAGGCUUGUAGUGACAUAACAAGAAAAUAGGAAAUGUCGUCCGUGUUUUGGUGGUUGCUUCUACCACAACAGCCCUGCUUGUAUUGAUUCAUCUUCAUCGAUUAAGAUUCAUCUUUUUAGCAAUCAUCAAUCCGUCUUGAUUCUUUAUCUACUUUUGAUGAAGGUUACAGGUCGUUUCGGCCUUGGUUACGAG